GGGAAGGGGAGUAAAGAUGGGGCACGUCCUUCUGGAGAUUGCGGCUCUCUUUCUCUCAGUGAAUGGCUUGCUGUGUGUCAUCCUGACCUGCGCCCUGCCCCUUUGGAAAGUGCCCGCUUUUCAAGGUGCCAACCUAGUGACUGCCCAGCAGACCUGGGAAGGGCUGUGGAUGGACUGCGUCUGGCAGGAUACCGGCGAGAUGAUCUGCAGCACCUUCGAUUCCAUGCUGGCCCUGGACCACGAGUUACAGGUAGCCCGGGCUCUGACCACCACGGCCGGAGUGCUCGGCGCGCUGGGCAUCCUGACCAGCAUCGCUGGUGCCAGCUGGACCCGGCUGGUCGAGGGGGAGCCCUGCAAAGCCCGGCUCCUGUCAGCCGCCGCCUGCUCGCUGCUGUUCUCCGGGAUCCUCCAGCUGAUCCCGGUGGCUUGGACAGCCAACGAGAUCGUCAGGGAAUUCCGCAGCCCGUCCGUCCCGGAGGGAGUCAAGAGGGAACUUGGGCAAUCUCUGUACAUUGGCAUGGGUGCAACUGCCCUGUUCACCGCAGCCAGUGGGCUGCUGUGGUUCUCCUGUUCCAAAGCCAGGGCACAGGCAGCUCGUCCAGCAGAGUACAGGCCCGGCCAAGCAAGCUACAGCGAGAGCCAGUAUGUGUAAGGGAGCGGAGGUACACCAUCUGGCCCCAGCCCCGGACAGGAACGGCAGAAAAGGCGGGAACCCUCCUGCAAUACGAUACUGUAGACUCAUCUCUCAGUCACAUUUACUGUGUUUAAAGCAAGUCUUCGAAACUGGCAGAGCAUUCCGCAUAUCCAAUCUAUGUAUACAUAUUGGAAACUCGAUACAGCUCAAACAACUUAUAUAAAAAAUAAAUCGCACUUUAUUUUAACUGUAA